AUGGAACCAAGAUCUCUUUCAUUGUGUGUUUUUAGUUUCCUCAUUGUUUGUUCUUUUUAUGUAGAAGGGAAAGAAUGGUAUGUGGCUCAAACCCAUGCGUCUGAAGAACGACUAAUCCAGUUUAUGAACAAUAAAUGUUUGUAUAUUGAUUGUCGUCCCAUUACAUGGGGAGGGUCGUGUUAUGAACCGAAUACUGUGCGAAAUCAUGCAUCAUAUGCUAUUGACCUUAAUUUUAGGGUUAAUGGUGAAUGUGAUCCGAGUUUCGCCACUAUAGCUGUUACCGAUCCUUCUUUCCGUUCGUGUGUCUAUCCAUGA